CACUACUUGUAGGUGACAGGUAGACAAAUGGCAACAAUGUUUUGAUUUUCCAAACUGAAAUUGUGAAAAUUCCAACGAAAAUCGCACAAAAUCAUGCUAAAAGCCAAGGGUCGUUUCGGCCCCUUAGUCGGGUCCAUCGACGAAGGCACUUCCAGUACACGAUUUCUCGUAUUCGCCGCGAACACCGCCGAAGUCCUAACUUAUCACCAAAUCCCCGUACCGCACAUCACGCCGCAGGAGGGAUGGGUCGAGCAGAAUCCCGAACUGAUAUUACAUUCCGUAAUCGAGACGAUUAACGUCACCUGUGAUAAUCUGAGGAAGCUCGACAUCGAUCCCCUUGAUAUUGUGGCGGUCGGCAUAACAAACCAGAGGGAGACUACGGUCGUGUGGGACUCGCGAACCGGAAAACCUCUGUACAACGCUUUGGUCUGGUUGGAUAUGAGGACGAGCGUGACUGUCGAUAAAAUACUAUCAAAUGGCAAGCGUAACAAAAAUUUCUUGAAAUCGUUGUGUGGGCUUCCUGUAAGCACCUACUUUAGUGCGGUGAAGUUGAGGUGGCUAAUUGACAACGUUCCAAAGGUCAGGGAUGCUAUCAGUGAUGGUAGAUGCCUUUUCGGAACGAUCGACACUUGGCUCAUUUGGAAUCUGACGGGCGGCGUUAACGGCGGCUUACACAUAACCGACGUAACGAACGCCUCACGUACCAUGCUGAUGAAUAUAAACACGUUGAAGUGGGACCCUCACCUGUGCAAGGUAUUCGACGUACCGCUCGCCGUCUUGCCGGAAAUUAGGAGUUCGUCGGAAAUUUACGGGUAUUUGAGCGAGUCUGCGCUGUGCGGCGUACCAAUUUCGGGCUGUUUAGGUGAUCAGCAGGCCGCGCUCGUGGGACAGAUGUGCUUUCAGCAGGGUCAGGCGAAAAGCACGUACGGAACUGGAUGUUUUCUCCUCUACAAUACCAGCACCGCGAUCGUCCAGUCGAACCAUGGUUUAUUGACAACGGUUGCCUAUCAGUUAGGGCGAAAUAGUCCUGUUUUCUAUGCGUUGGAAGGAUCUGUGGCAGUAGCCGGUGUCGCCAUGCAGUGGCUUUGCGACAAUUUAGAAAUUCUCGAAUGCGCCGGCGAUUCGGCGGACAUUGCGGAAAAGGUCGACGGCGUCGGAGAGGUGUCGUUCGUGCCCGCGUUCUCGGGCCUGUACGCGCCGUACUGGAGAAAGGACGCCCGCAGUGUAAUCGUCGGUUUAACGGACGAGACUAAGCCUGGACACAUUGUAAAGGCGGCGCUCGAAGCGGUCGCGUUCCAGACGAGGGACAUUCUGGAAGCGAUGGGAUUGGACUGCGGCUAUCCGCUCUCGAAGCUCCUAGUCGACGGCGGUAUGACCGCCAAUAACUACCUGAUGCAGAUUCAGGCCGACUACUGCGGCAUUCCCGUUGUGAGGCCGUUGAUGACCGAAACGACCGCUUUGGGAUCUGCAAUAGCCGCCGGAUACGCUGAAGGCGUAGGCGUUUGGAAUCUGAAGAACAUUCAGACUGUUCCCAGCGAUGUUUUCCUCCCGUCGAUUACCGAAAAUCAACGGGAUGUGAAGUAUGCCAGAUGGAAAAUGGCGAUCGCGCGAAGUUUGGAUUGGGCCGAUGAUAAAGAGGGAGAAGUGGAAGAAGGGCUGCCAUCUAUUGCAAAGCUUGAUGACGAAGAGGACGAGAAAAAGGUACCUGUAUUACGAGGAGUUUCCGCGGGAUUAUUCGUACUGACGACCUUUUGUGUUCUAAUAGUGGCUCAAAUGGUUGCAGGUCGUGGCUAGUCCGUGUACUCAUAAUUCGUAGUUAUGUAAUGCCAACAAGGAAUUAUUCUGUGAUUUUUUUUGAGGUAGAGUGGUAUAUAAUCUAAUGGAUUUCGUACCUAUCGGUUUUUCUGUUAAUGUGUUCAAAUAAAAAUGCAAUAUAAGUACAAAA